CGUGCGGAUUUUUCUAGUGCUAACUUCGCGCGGGAAAAUAAUUAUGUAAACAGGCAAAGAAAGCUGCAAAUAAACUGCUCAUAUAGGUCUGAUACACAAGUAGUAAAUUAUGGUAGAAGGACCUGGAUGCAAAUUAAAGGGGUUGAAGAUAAAAGGCAGACUGAAGGGACAAACAGUGGUGAAUGUGAAAGGAAAUGCGACGGAGAAGUAUAAGAAGAAGGGAACAGAUGGGUUAUCACCAUUUCACCAACUUAUCGGCAGAUCACUUGAUGGUGUUCAAACUCUCGGAAAAGAACUCUUCAUGUACUUUGGUGAUCUAUGUCUCCGAGUACAUUUUCUGAUGGCUGGUCAGUCAUUUAUCAAUAAUGAGAAAGUGGAUAAUGACCUAGGGGGGAAUGCGGACACGGCCAGUCUUGAGCUACAGAUGUCAAAAGAUCUUGUGUUGUUCAAAAAAUCCUCUGUAGAUAUCAGGUCUUCAGAGGCAUGCAAACAGAAGUAUGAUGAGUUGAAUGACCUUGAUAUAUGUUCACCUGUAUUUAACUUUCCUCGUGCAGUAGCACUGGUGAAGGAACAACAAGAUAGACUUGUCUGUGAUGUUCUGCUGGAUCAAUUAAUUCUACCAGGUGUCGGCAACAUCAUAAAAAAUGAGGCUCUAUUUGACAGUGGAAUAAAACCUAGUUCAAAGAUAUCAGAGUUGAAGGAUGAACAUGUCUCUCAUCUUAUCAAGAUGACCAGAGACUUUACAAAUAUAUUUUACCAGUGUAGAAGAGAUGGUAAACCACUACAUGUACAUUAUAAGAUCUAUGGCAAGAAGAGAUGUAAGCAAUGUGAGGGCAAGGUUACUAUAUGUCGUCUAGGUAACGACAAUGACAGGGUCACCUACUUCUGUGAGGGUUGUCAGACAAAUGAUCUCAAAAAUAAAACAAGAAAGUUACCUAUGAAAGGCAGUCUUCUAGGUUGGGUUAAGACAGGAAAUGAGGCUACUACAACAACAACAACAGUUAUAGCAGACUGGUCAUGUGACAGUUGUACAUUUAUCAACAAAUCCACGUCUACAGCAUGUAGUAUAUGCCUCACUCCGAAACAUAAACCACCAUCAUUAUCUGUUGCUCAUAUUGAAGAGUCUGAUGAUUGUAUGAUAUUAGAAGAAAACUGUGAGCCUGUUACUAGUGUUAAUGCCAAUAGAAAGAAAAGAUUGUCAACUGGGAAUUUGGAUGUAGAACAGCCAUUUAAAACCAGAAAACUGGAACAAAAUAGUGUUGAUGAGAAUAACUCUAGGUCCAAAGUGACAAAGGACCAAUCAAAAUCAAGUUUACAUGCCAAAACACAUAUUGGACUGAGGGAUAAACUUAACCAAUCAAAUGGUACCGGACAAGUUAAAUCAGAGUCAAACAGCCAAUCACAGCCAGUGUCUCAUAAGAGUAACAGUGAUAGGAUUUCCUCAUGUAAAACUCAUAAAAGAAAGUGUAGUAUGAAAGAAGUGAGGAAAAAGGGAGACAACUUGGGAAGAUGGUUCUUCUCGUGUCCAGUUAGAACAUGCAAUUACUUUGAGUGGGCAGAUGAGAAGUUCCCGUUGUGUCCUGGCCAUGGUAAACCCUGUACAAUACGUAUUGUGAUGAAGAUAGGACCAAAUAAUGGCAGAAAAUUCUUCGCUUGCAAGAUGCCAAAAAACAAACAGUGCAAGUUCUUUGAAUGGGCUGAAGGUUUUGAUUAACACGGACAUUUUGAAGAAAUCAUUCUGGUUUUUGGAAAGUUUAUUCUAGACUGUGUGAUGUUAGUGACUAGGUGCUAAUAUUUUAUAUUGAUAUUAAAACUGAGUUAAAAGACAUAGAGAUUAACUGUGAUUUACUAUUUUGAUACGGAUAAUAACAGUAAAAGCAACAGUUUUAUAUUUUAGUUUAAUAUAGUCAGGCAUGCCUUAUAAAUGUUAUUACAAACGUGUUCCUUAUAU